AUGGUCUACGGCUGCCUGCUCCGCCUUCCCGGAGCGUUCUUCACCCCCUCGGCUCCGCUCUUGCCCGACCCCUCCUCGUACAUCGACCAUCUCACCCAGCUCUUCCAGGACCUCAAGCCCACACCUACCCGCUCCGGUCCUGCAACAGGCGUGUUCGUAAGCCCCGCCCUUCCUCAAGCCACCCACGUCUUCGUCCGCCGGGACUCUGUACGCACCAGCCUGCAGCCACUCUACGACGGCCCCUACAGGGUCAUCUCACGAGCCGGGAAGUUCUUCCGCCUGCACCUCCCGCGGGGACCCGACACUGUGGCCAUCGACAGGCUCAAGCUGGCAUUCCUGGAGUCGGAACCGCAUGUAUCGCCCGCUCCGCGCUCAACUCCUGUCUCCGGCCUUUCUACCCCUUCACGUCGGGUACAUUGUAAUGGGCCCCGCAGCUCGCACACUGCGGGCCGCCCGCCGCCCCAUGUCCGCCUCCUGUCUUCCUUGACUCCGGCGCCCGACCUUCCCGCUGCCCUCUUCGCCGGCUUUGCGGGGGGAGCCCUGUAG